AUGAUCUCUCGCAAGCCUACCUCUCCGCCCUCCCCACACCUCCCCCGACAGGGCGUCCUCACCGGCCGCAUCGAUCGCAACAACGAGGAUGGCAGCUCGGACGGCGAGAGCCCUUACAAGCAAAAUCAGCAUCGUAUGGUCGCCGGGACGACUCACGCUGAAGGUGCCGGUGCCGACCCUCCCGUCCCGGGCCAACCGCGCGGGAGGACCAACCGCGGCGGCGGGAAGUAUGGCCGUUGCCCGCGCUGCGGGACGGGCCGCCGCGUGCGCUCCCGCUUCAACCCGUACGGCCAGUCGGUGCACAGGGGGAAGUUCCGCUUCGUCUGCAGCGACCGCGCCAACCACGGUUGCGGCUAUUCCGAGGUGCUUGAGUCGGAUCCCGCUCUGGACCCGGAGUCCUAUCUUGAGCAUUCGGCUGCUCCCCCGCAGGCAGCCCCCAGCUCCGCGUCCGCGGCUAUCCGGAACCGGCGUCAGGGACAGAGUCAGGGCCGCACUCGCGGUUCUAGCGCCAGUGGCAGUGGUGGCGUGAACCUGGAUGCGAGUCGUGAUGGCAUCGGCAGAGGUACUGUCAGUUGCGGGAACGGGAAAUAUGACAUUGAAUAUGAGGAAGAAAGAAGCGAGGAGGAAAAUGAGAAUGAAGAAGACCCCGAGCCGGUGCGCCGACGCCCGCUCACUACUGCCUCCGAAGCCUUCAGCAAUCGCGCCAAUGAUGAUAGAGGCGCCGGCCGGGACACACCCCAGCAGAGACUCGGCUGCCCCCAAUGCAUGCAGGGCCGCCUGUUCAAAAAGUACAAGAACGUCGCUCCGUUUACCGAGGCCGUCCUGGUCUGCGAGAAGGGUCGGAACGGCAAGAACACGAUGGGCGGCUGCGGCUACAUGGUCGACAUCGGCGCCGAGCCGGCCGACGAUGACGACGCCGGCGCCGGCGCCGCUAUUAUUACCGCCGACGACCAGGACAAGGGCGAGAGGGCGGCCAACGCUCGAGCACAGAUACGGCAGCUCAAGAAGAACUCGGCCCGGCAGUUUGCCCGCGAGAGGAAGGAGAAAGAGAAGUUCAUCAUGGAGGAGCGCGCCCGCGCCGUGGCCGACCCCAACGCCGCGGCCGUCAUGGCCGCCCCUGACCCCAAGACCAAGAGAAAGAAGAUCCUCGUCGACCUCACCAGCGACGACGAGCUCCUGCGCCCUGCCCGCCCGGAGCUGGCCGGCGAGGCCGUCGGCCCUUACGCGCCGAUCUUCAUCGUGAGCAGCGACGACGAGGCCGCCCCGCCCGUCAAGCCCGCGAGGCGACCAAUCAGAACUGCCGAGGUCACUAUUGGGUCUCUCCAAGGGCCCGAAGCCACCGCGCCUGACGACUUUGAUUCCGUCGACGACGCGGAGCUCACCCGGCUCGCCGAGCUCGCCGAACAGGCCGGCCGCGCUGAUCACAGAACCGAUGACAACAGCAGAAAGGAAAAAGAGAAAGAGGAGGAGGAGACCUGCGGAGACAACGAGACGGACAUGAUGCUGCUGGCCGGACGACUCGCUUACGAGAGAACCGAGAGAGGUCAGAGCGCCGCUGCCAGGGCCGCGAGGAUCAGAACAACCUCCAGAGAUUCCAUGUGA